AUGGAGCCGAAGAGCCCCACGGAGGCCUCAGGGGAGGAGAAGGCCUUGGAGCAACUGGGCCAGGAGGUCACCUGCCCGCUCUGCCUGGACUUCUUCCAGCACCCGAUGGUCCUGGCCUGCGGGCACAACUUCUGCCGCGACUGCCUGGCCCGGCUGGGCGCUGAGGCUUCCUGCCCCCAGUGCAGAGCCAGGGUGGAGCCCGGCAGCGCCUCCCCCAACUGGGCCCUGGCCAACAUCGUGGGCCUGGUGAAGGGGCUUCGGCUGUCGAGGGGGGGAGCCCAGGAGGGGAGCAGCGACCCCCAGCUGUGCCAGGAACACCAGCAGCCCCUGCAGAUCUUCUGCUCCAGGGAGAAGCGCCUCCUCUGCGCCGGCUGCCUGGGGGGGCACCAGGGCCACCCCCUCCUCUCCCUGCCCGAGGCUGCCCGAGAAUACAAGAGCUUGCUGGCUGCCCUCCUGGAGCCCCUGAGGAAGGAGGAGAAGCAGCUGCUGGAGCAGAGGCGGGCGGAAGAGCAGAGCCGGCAGGAGUGCCAGGAGGAAUUUGCCACCGAGAAGCAGAAGGUUGGCCUAGCGCUGGGAUCCGUGCAGCAGCUGCUCAAGAAGAGGCAGUCGGUCUGGGUCACCUGGCUGGCCGAGGAGGAGAAGAAGAUGAUGGCCGAGUGGGUGGGCCCUCUGUCCCGGCUCUCCGGGGAGGCCUCCCGCCUGCAGCAGCUUAUUGCCCAGACAGACAGAAAGUGCUGCCAGCCGGACGGGGAAUUCCUGCAGGACAUCCAGGGCGCCGUGGACAGGUGCCGGAGUUACGUGGUGGGGCGCUUAGAGAGAGUCUCCCCCAGGUUGCAAGGCAGGACCGUCCUGGAGAAAAACGCUUCCGUAAGGCAGAUGCUGGACAGUUACAAAGCCUCUCUGCAGAAGACACUGACCAGGGAGAACCUGGAGCAACUUCUGGCCACAGCACCUGCUCCGCAAAAGCCAAGGUCACCUAAAGUUUACGUCAAGAUCGACAGCUCGACCGCCCACCCGCAGCUCCAAUGCUCAAACUCCUGUCUGAUGUGGGCCACCCAAUACCAGAAUCUCCUGGAUCUGCCAGGGAGGUUCGACCAGGAAUUUUGUGCGCUGGGCUGCGAGGAAUUCACUGCGGGCUGCCACUUUUGGGAAGUGUCGUUGCAGGAGUCAGACAACACUCUAGUGUUGGGCAGAGCAUGCUGGGCCAUGGGUGUGGCCAAGGAGUCUGUCCGCAGGAAGGGGAGCCUCCAGCUGAGCCCCCGGGAGGGAAUCUGGGCUGUGGGGAAGAGUGUGAAGGGGGAGAUGGUCGCUUUCUCCAAGGUUCAACAGAAGUUGUGCAUGCGAUGGCCGCUGAGCACGCUGCGGGUGCGGCUGGACUACGAGGCAGAAAAGGUGGAGUUCCUGGAUGCGGAGACUGAGGCUUCCCUCUACACCUUCCAGACGGGGCCCUUCCUUGGGGAGAGGGUCCGGCCUUUUUUCUAUCUGGGCCAGCAGUGGGUCUGCCUUUCAGUGUGAGGGACAUCCAAGUUCAUUUGCGUGGGACGCCUACGGAUUAUAAUAGAAUAGAAAAUAGAAUAGAAUUAGAACAAAACAGGAAGGGACCUCAGAGGUCUUCUAGUUGCCGUGAUUAGUCCAGGCUGCUUGGGGGCUACCAAGCGGUUCUGGGCUGUCGAUGGCUUGGGGGGCUUCAACUGGCCGUGGCCUCUGGGCCAGAAAAUUCGGGUGUCCAUGCGUCUUCCGGGUGCCACGGAUGAGAAUCCCUGCCUCCGUGUGGCCUGCAGUGUAGCUGAGAGAGAGAUGGUCAAAGGACCUUUGUAAUCAAUAAAAGCGACAUCUUAAUAUCUGUAUGUUACUCUACAUUUAUGCGAUUCUAAAUUUUACUCCAAUGUUACUCCAAGUUUCCUAUUAAAAAAGCAACAUGUU